AUCUUAUAACAAGUUAACAACAACGAAUAGAGAAAACGAAAAACAAAGAAGAAAAAAGAAACUUAGAGAAGGUUUCUAACCCUAACCCUGCAAUUCGUUGAAAGCUGCACACACACAUACAAUUAACAAUUUGCGCUAACCCUGAAUUACCAGGGAAAUUGCUUCUCUCUCUAUAUUCAUAUUCAUCCAUUCGAGUUUUCUAUCUGAAAACUUCAAUUUUCGAAUUUCGUAUUUUUAGCAUCAAUUCAAGUCACUUUUCUCAAUUCGAGGAGCAUAUAAGAAGAGUGCGAGGAAAUAAUUUGAAAGUUUUUUCCUACAAGAUCGUAUAGUUCGAUCUCCUAAUAUUUGAAGGUUGUGUCAGAUUUGUUGAGGGUAAUACUUUCGUUUGGUACGCUUAUCAUCAUGCUAAAAGCUCGUUAUGGAAAAAAGUGAACCGAAUUUAGUUCCAGAAUGGCUGAGAAGUAGUAGUGGAUGUGGCGUCGGGGGUGGCAGUUCAGGCCACCAUUUUGCAUCACAGCAAGGAGAUGGUCCUCUAUUGGCACUACCAAACAGAAGUCGACCUUCUAAGAGCAUCAAUAAUUCCGACUCGCCACUUUCUUCACUCGUAGAACAGAGCAGUUCAUCCAAUUCUAGGAGAAGUUUAAGUAGUUUUGGUUUUACUAAGAAUGAUAAGAACUAUGGACGAUCCUAUAGCAGUUUUACUAGAAGUCACCGUGAUAAGGAUAGAGAAAGGUUAACAAUUGCUGAUAAUUGGGACCCAGAUUAUUCUGGGUCCCUGAGGGGCAUUAUGACUAGAAGGGUUGAGGAUUCUACGGGACAUUCAAAAUCCAUGAUAUCACGGAAACAAGGUGAGGCUGUGCAGCGAAGGGUUUCUAGUGAUUUCAGGAAUGUUAGCCAUAACCAUCAUGACAAUGGAAAUGGUAUUCUUUCUGUUGGUAGCAAUGUUACUGGCGUUCAGAAGCUUUCAUUUGAAAAGAAUUUUCCAGUACUUGGAUCGGAUGAGAGGCCUAAAACUCCAGAUGUAGUCAGAGUGUCAUCUCCUGACUUGUGUAGGGCUGUUCAGAGCCUGUCCAUGGGUAACCCACCAUUGGUUUGCAGUGAAGGUUGGACUUCAGCUCUUGUGGAAGUUCCAACAGGUGCAGGAAGCAACAACAACGGAUCUUCACCUGUUCUGCAACCUUCUGCAGCUGCUGCUUCUGGCUUCAAUUCAGCAACAGGUGUUGGAAGCACACCAUCCGGUCUUAAUAUGGCAGAAGCUUUGGCACAGGCACCACCACAAUCUUUUACUGUUCCACAGCCAUCUGCCCAAACUCAGAGGGAUGAGUUGGCUAUCACACAGUCCAGGAGGUUAAUCCCUAUGACACCUAAAACUUCGGGUCCUAAUUCUUCUGAUAAAUUGAAGCCCAAGACACCGGUGAGAUCUUGUGAAGCUGCUGGAGUUUCCCUGAAGAAUGGGGUACACCAUCUAUCACAGCUGCAACUUGGCAGCCAUACUGCCCGUGGCACGAGUGCUAAAGUGGAAAGCCCAAAUUCGCCGUCUGGAAAACUGCUGCUGCUUAAACCUGGACGUGAGGGUGGUGCUUCCUCUGUUUCGAAGGAUACUCAGAGUCCAUCUAUUAAUGUCAAUAGUAGGGUUAAUGGUCAGUCUGCUGGUUUUGCUUCAGUUACUUCGCUUCCCUUGAAGAAUUCACACAACCCGAAUGUUACCUCUGCUGAGAGGAAACAUUCUGCCUCUGGUUCAAAUUCUGGAAAUGUCGAUAAGCGGGCAUCCCGGAGUGAUUUCUUUAAACUAGUGAGAGAGAAGUCUAUGAACAACACAUCUGGCACCGCUGAUCCCGAGUCUGCUGUUUCAUCUGAUACUGUGGACAGUUCAGUCCAAGAGUUGAAGGAACUUUCCAGUGUUUCGUUGACUACUGUUGGAACUGGAAGUGAGUGUAAUGGGGAAACCUAUAGAAAAGCUGACAGUCUGUAUGUCUCCAGGGAGAUUGAAUUCCAAGCUAUCUAUCCAGAUGAGGAAGAGAGAGCCUUUUUACUUUCUCUCGGCUGGGAUGAUAAUGCUGGUGAUGAUGAGGGUCUUACAGAAGAGGAGAUACAUGCUUUCUGUCAGGAGGUCAUGAAUCGGAGACCAACUCCUAGAGUGUGUCGUCUUUUGCAGGCGAAAAUAAGUUCACAUUCUGCACAUUAUCCUGCAUAUUCUGGAACAGCUUCAACUGAACCUAGUGCUUCCGCUUCCCAGACUGAAGCUUGAAUUUUUUUUCUUUGACUGAACCUGAGAAAGCAGAGUGUUUCAAAGGAGAUAUAUAUAACAUUCCCUCCAUUCUGUUUGGCAACAAGCUAAUUGCUGAGUUUGGAUAUACAAGCAGCAGGCAGCGGUUGGUUUGGAGUAUUUGACAAAGGUGGUUUGCCAGUUACUGCAAUAAGUAUCCAAUGCUGAGUACUGCUGAUCUGAUGUCAAUAACUAUAUUAGUUUUGAUGCUGGAGAAAGGUAGAGUAGAGGCAGUUAUGGUCCGCAGAGGUAGAGUCCUCGGUAAAUAGGCUCUUUUAGGGAUCCCUUUUUGGUUUCAUAUAGUUUUUGAUUUCCCAAAUAUUUUUGGUUUUCUGAUCUUCUAUGGGAAUAUUUGAAGUGAAAAGCUAUAAUGUCUCGAUCAAAGUUUUCACAAAAGAGAAAUACCAAAGGUAUUAAUUCUUGCU